GCCACCUUGUACUCUGUCGCGCAAGUAAACAAGGCGAAGAAGACGAAGCAGUACAUGACAGUCGAAUCCGAAAGGUCGCUGCCACUUCUUCGGGAAUAGUUUUGUUUUUGUUUUUAAGCUCGACGUUGAAGGGGACAACGUACUCAUCCGCGUUCAAGUAGUGGCAGGAUAUAUUCAGAAGAGGCAACGAUUUGGCGGUGGAUGAAUUGACACUUGACAGGCAGCCUACGCACUUGCUUCCUGUUAGUGAGGUGAUAUUAUGUCCAAAGGUCCUACUUUGUUUCCGACAUAGCGUAAUGGAGGACUGAACAAGAGUAGACGUUUUAAGUGUGGUCUCCGUUCUAUCCGUGUGUCUUUUCUACAUGCGUCCCGUGACAGUAUGUCACUGAGCUCGGCCGGGUGGACCGCCAAUCUCUCGGCGGAGCAACGCGCGCCUCCGCCUGUGCGGAAUAUUGGAGAUCGGCAGCAGUCAGAACCGAACUAUCAAACCGUCCUCAUGUCGGUUAGGGUGUCGUUGUGCCAUUCCGGUAUUCGGCCUCUACGUCUUCCGGGAGCAGGUGGUAGUGAGUCACUUCGCCUACAGCUCAGUAUGGACGCGGGGAAGUCCGGGGAAUUCCGCCUGUCUCUUCUAGACUGCAGCAGUCGGGACGGUGGGAGCGUGACUAUCGCCGAGUACGAUCUGAGAUCCGUUAACUAUGAGGUGAAAACACCAAAAUGCCACGAGCUGAGUCUGGCAGCACCCCCGCAUGACCGCAUCAAUUUCAACUUUAGUUGCGAGCAGGAGGCCCAGCAGUGGGCCACUGUGAUGAUGACAUCACUAAGAGAAGCACACAUAGCAUCUCCUGCUGAAGAUAUUCCAGAGUGCUCCCAGCUCCAGGAUGCCACAGCUUUGCAACACUUGGAGGACACGUGCAUGGAGCUGACCCGAGCUAUCGAGGCCGGCGACAUGAAGGCGGCCUCCGUCUUUGCUGCCACGCUUUGUCACCAACAUGCCGCACUAAAGAUCCAGCCCUCUGCACGACAAUGUGGAGACACCGACAUCAGAUUGGCUGUUAUAGUUGAGGAUUCUUCUUCGUCGUGUUGCGUCACCAUGAAAGUCUGUCCUUCUAUGACCACUGCAGCCUUAAAACAACAGAUGUUCCUAGAGUACAGCUUUCACCCGCGGGUGCAGCGCUGGGUGAUCGGCCAGUGCCUGUGCGCCAACCAUCGCUCCCUGGCUUCGUAUGGCAUUCGCCAGGACGGUGACACGGCGUUUGUGUACAUCGUCUCAGCCCGACACGCUCGCCUUACCCUCCAAGACCAGGAAAGUGCUCUCCUCGCCAGCUCUCCUCCUUCUUUGACUUCCCUCCCUCACGCUACUCCAAACAGCACGUCGGCACAAGAAAAGAGACCUUACAACACUUUGCCCACACAUAACCACGCUAUUGAAUCCCAGAAAGAAAUCCCCAGUGAGGUCAAACAUGUCUCCAAUGAGGAGUUUUGUCAACUACAUGAAGCACUGAAACCAAACUCAACCUCUUCUCAGGGUUGGUCGUGCCCUUCUUGCACUUUCAUCAACAAACCGACGUGGCCAGGCUGUGAGAUGUGCAGUGCGGACCGCCCUGAUAAUUACGUCGUUCCAGGUGGUUACCAGCCGGACACAGUGGAACUCCGACGGCUCCAGCAGGAAAAGGAGGCCAUUCGACAGUACAAGCAAGAGAAGGAGAGAAGAGAGGACCUGAGGAGUGCAGGCGCUCAAAACGUGAGAGAAGAAGAGCGCAGGGAUAAUUUUGCCCAGCUGCUAAGGAUGGACAACCAGGAUUUGGUGCCAAAUCCCGAGCCUUUGGACUGCAGGAUUUGCUAUGUGGAGCUAAAGCCAGGAGAGGGCGCUGUACUCAGGGACUGUCUCCACUGCUUCUGCAAGGAAUGUUUGCGCUCAGUCAUCAUGUUGAGCGAGGAGCCAGAAGUGCCCUGUCCCUACAGAGAUGACACAUAUGCCUGUGCAUGCUCCCUGCAGGAGAGGGAGAUCAGAGCUUUGGUUUCACUAGAAGAGUAUCAGCGCUGGCUGCAAAGAAGUUUGUCUGUGGCCGAGUCGCGAUGUGAGGGCAGCUACCACUGUGCCACCGCAGAUUGCCCUGGCUGGUGCGAGUACGAGGACACGGUCAACGUAUACCCAUGUCCUGUUUGCAAGAAGAAAAACUGCCUCAUUUGCAAGGCUAUUCAUGAGGGGAUGAACUGCAAGCAAUACCAGGAUGAUCUCGCAGCCCGUGCUGUCAAUGACUCGGCUGCACGAAGGACAACACAACUACUUCAGACCCUGGUUGCGUCUGGGGAGGCAAUGCACUGUCCCCAGUGUGGCAUCAUUGUGCAAAAGAGGGACGGGUGUGAUUGGCUGCGCUGUACUGUCUGUCACACGGAAAUCUGCUGGGUCACCAGAGGUCCCCGCUGGGGGGCAAAGGGUCCUGGAGACACCAGUGGAGGAUGCCGCUGCAAUGUGAACCAUCAGAAAUGUCAUCAAAAGUGUCAAAACUGUCACUAGAGUCUCUCGGAUGGCCUUUGAACAAUGACAUGAUUAAAGAGCAUACAAAGAACAAUAGCCAAAAAACGGAGGUAAAUGCAUAAAUUACAUUACAUUUUCCUUCCUUUUGACACAAUCAGAAUUAUUUUGGUCGCAUACGGUGCCUUGGAAAUGAUUCCCUAUGCAAAUGUAGCCCUGUAGAUGUUCAACUUGUUAUACCAGAAUGCAAUACUUCAAACCACAGUGGCCUUCUUCAGGAAAACUGAACUUAAUGUCCUUUUUGCAUAGAUAAAGACUUGAUUAUCGUACAUAUUUUUUUAUGAUUUUUGAAUGGAAACAGGUUAACUAUUAUUUGCAUUUGCGAUAAAGGUAGUGUUAGAGUAUACUUUUCUCAUGUGCACUCACUGAAUACAUAAUGUUAACCCCUUCCAAAUCGUAUUUAUAUUGUCAUUUUAAAUGGAUCUUUUAUUCAUGUAUCCACUGAUAACAUUUUUAAUGCAUGGUGUGAACUGUAAUAAUGUAAACAGUAGGUACUGUCAAGAAAUGCACUCUGGGUAAAGAUCAAAUGUUUUUCCCUUAAAGAUAUAACUGAUAAGCCAUGAAAAAAUGCUGUCUUAAUUUAUAUUGAAAUGGCAUCAAUGUGAAGUGUACUGAUGUGCCUUAAUGCUCAUUAAAUAACCUUUAGACUGA